AUGUCAGAGAAGCCUCUCCAGUUCGCUGCCCCUGCGGCUAGCGAAGCUCCCGCCACAAAGGAGCCAAAGCACUCCGUCAAUGAUGUACCUUGCAGCGAGAAUGGUGAAGACGGCGAGUCUCUGUCCAGCGAGGUGCAGAGCGGCGUGCCGGCCAUGGAAGCCACAGCGAAAAUGGGCACGAUCGGCCUGCUCACGCCCUAUGUCACGUCCAACUUUGCACGCCAUUCGCUCACGCCUACAGUCGGUAUCAUGACCUCCAUCAUAGGCGGCAUCUCCAAGCUCACGCUUGCCAAGAUUCUCGACGUUUUUGGCCGACCUCAGGGCUAUCUCAUCAGCAUCUUACCGCCACCAGCAACGUCGAAAUACAUGUCGUUGCUCAAGAACCUUGGCCUAGCCAUCGCAUUCUCUACGUCGCCAUUCAGCAUCACCACCUGGGUCAAUGGGCGCAUUGCGGAGAGUUUCUACAAGCUUUAUCCCGAUGGCACCCGUUCCGGCCCCGGUUUCCGCUGUGCUUUUGGUGCGUUUUCGAUAAUCACGCCGGCUGUUACGCUACCCUUUUUUGUUCUCUUCGUCUACAACCUGCGAAAGGCAAUCAGACUCGGCGUCAUUACCAAGACCAAGUCGAACCGUACCCUUGUGCAAUCCUUCGUUCACUACGGCUGCGAGUUUGACAUUGUCGGUCUCUUCCUCGACUCAGCUGUUGUCAUGGAUCUUGACCUCACCACGACAGGCUACAUCACGCAAAUGUUUAAUGUUGGCUCCUACUUCUUUGCUCUCGUUAUCGGUCUUGUCAUCCGCCAAACCGGCAACUACAAGUGGCCUGUGCUGCUCUUCGGUCUGCCCAUCACAGUCCUCGGAAUCUUUGUUGCUUUUGGUGGCGGUACCAACUCGGUCUGUCAGCAGGUUGCCAUCAUGAGUGUUGUCAAGCACCAGCAUAUCGCCGUUGUUCUGGUUAUCCAAUCCAUGGCCGCUAGCAUCGGUGGCGGUAUCGGCCGCUCCAUCAGCAGUGCCAUCUGGCAAGGUGUCUUCCCCGGUAAGCUGCGCGAAUACCUGCCUGAGGCGGAUCGCCAAAACUGGGCAAGGAUAUACGGCGACAUUACCGUUCAACUGAGCUACCCCGUCGGAUCGCCAAGUCGAGAUGCGAUUCAAACAGCAUAUGCAGACGGCCAGUGUGCUAUGCUAAUCGGUGCGACAGCUAUUUAUGCGAUUGCUUUCAUGGCUGUAGCAUGUUGGCGCAACGUCAAUGUCAAGAACAUUAAGCAAGUCAAGGGUCUUUUUUUUUAA